AUGGCGCAGGGGCUGCCGUGGGCCUCGGUCCCGGAGGGGGCGCGGGCGUGCGGCGUCCACGCGGGGCGGCCGCUGGAGCUGUUCUGCGAGGACUGUGAGCGCUGCGUCUGCGCCCUCUGCCCGGUCCUGGGCCCGCACCGCGGACACCGCGCCUGCCUCCUGCCCCACGCCGUCCGCCAGAAGAAGGAACUCAUGGCAUUGUGUUUGAAGGAUCUAGAAGAGAGAAAAGAGCAAGAAGCUGGUAACAGAAGGAGCAUAGAGCAGGCCGCUAAUGAUCUGAAGGCACAUGCCAUUAUGAGCAAAAGGCAGCUGUCAGACAGUAUGACUGAGCUCCUGUUGCUACUUCAGGAAGAGGAGAGUCUGGCAAAAAACUUCAUUGAUGAAAAGACUCAACAAGCCCUGGAAGCACAUGAUAAGCAGUUGGAGUCCUGUCGAGAAAAGCUUGCAGCCCUGGAGACCUUCUCAUGUCGAAUCAGACAAAUACAACAGCACAGUGAUCCUGUUCAGUUGCUGGAGAAGUACACAGAAAUCGAGAAGGAAAUGCAGGAGCCUAGGCGCCUGUUAGAACAAUGGCAUCCAAUACCUCUCUCGUUUGAGCACAUCCUUAACCAUUAUAAGCACUUUGUGACAGCUCUUCAGUCCUUUCUACAGAAACCAAUAGAAGCCCGGCUUAAAGAAGAUGUUUUCAGUAGCCUGAAUGCCACUGCAAAGAAGGAGCCUGGAACGGUGUUGAAAACCAUGUCUCCUGUUGAUCGGUUGCUUUUCUUAAAACAUGCAAGAUCACCAGCCUGGGAAUAUGACAGCCUUCACCCAAGGCUGAAAUUGUCUGGUGACCGUCUUGUAGUAAGCUGUAACUGGAGGAAGAUAUUUUACCCUUGUGGUCCCCAGAGAUUUGAUAAAUUAUGGCAAGUGCUAAGCAGAGAUGCAUUCCUCUCUGGGAGCCAUUACUGGGAAGUUGACCUGCUUCACGCUGGAAAAGGAUGGUGGAUUGGUGCAGCCUACCCUUCCAUUGGCAGGAAAGGAGACUCUGAAACCUGUCGACUGGGCUGGAAUAGAGCAUCUUGGUGCCUUAAGAAAUUUGAUCUUGAAUACUGGGCAUUUCACAAGGGGGAGAGAAUCCCCAUCCUGGUAGAAGAUGAUCCUGAUCGCAUUGGUGUUUUUCUGGAUUAUGAAGCAGGAAUCCUUUCAUUCUACAAUGUUACUGAUGGCAUGGCUCAUUUGCAUACCUUCCGCUGCAAGUUCACAGAACCAGUUUACCCAGCUGUGAGGCUCUGGGAAGGGUCCAUUGGAAUGUGCAGACUAACAUAAUGAAGCAAAAUAAAGCCUACUAUUUCAUGCUUUUUCUAUGAAAGCCACUUUAGCAAUGAUCUAAAUGAAUUAAUCUCUGUCAUGUGAAAGCUGUAACUGUGAUGCUUGUAGAAGAUAAUAGUUAAGUUCAAGAAAACCAACUGUAAUUUCUAAUGUAUAUGCUCUUUUCAAUGGGGGAAGCUGAUCUGGCUUUUAU